UGGGGCAAACACUUUAUAUGGAGGGCUGGAGCACGUGUCAAGACCGGUACCAUAUGGCAGGCGUCUACAAAGGGGGGUGUAACUUUUUACACUGUAUUGAGAAAAUAAAAUGCUGCAAAAUUGUGGCACAAGAUGAGGUAGUCCUAGGUCACUGGCUGCUAAACGGUGAAGAUUGGGAUGCAAGGUUAUAUGGUGAUCCAUCUUUCACCGAGGGUCGAUGUCUCAGUAGUAAAGCUGUCACUUUCAAUCAAACAAGAUCCUAUGCGAUAGUACCUGCCAUAAAUCUUGGAGGCCGGAGUUUUACUAUUGCCUGUUGGAUUAAACAAACGAAAAGCGUACCCAAUGAGAUUUCUGCAAUUUAUGGUGAUUGGCGUUUUCCAUGGAAUUUUUUGCUAAGUAUAACAGACCGACAGAUUAUCUUCCAUCGUCACAAAAAGGGAGAAAACGAAUGGUGGUCUGCAGAUAGUGUUAAUAUUUCUUUCGACGCUUGGACCCACGUGGUUGUUAUAUGGAAUCAUGAAAGUACCGCUGUGUCGAUAUUAGCUGAUGGGUUAGAAGUGGCGGUGAACUCAUUUACCUCAGGUGAUAGUUUCUACAAGUCAACAGCGGAUUGGUACCAGAUCGGUAAUGACGAACACCGGAAUGAUCACCAAUUCUAUGGAUCAGUGAUGGACCUUUAUGUGUUUGGCUCGGCACUGUCACUGGAACAAGUCAAUAAACUAAGAGGAGUUCCGCUUAUCGCCAAUAAAUUCAAGAGUGUGUCAGGGGGGAACGUCCUAGUGGUGUGGGAGCCUCCCUUUGAAGGAGCAUGUCCGGUUGUCAAGUACAAAGUGUAUUACAGAGAGGUUAUGUCAUCAGCAAGACAACAAAGCAGCUGGUACUCGAUAGAGUUGGACGGAAGACACACAAGUUACACGCUUCAUUUGAGUUGCAGAAAAGAAUAUGACGUAUCUGUUACCUCAAUCAGCGAAUCAGGGGAGAGUCCAUUCAAUCUCAGCAAAAUUUGGAAUUUCCAAACUACUGGCAUUCCUUCACCUCCCAUUAUAACCGCUACAAAAAGUGAAAUAUUGGGUCAAAAUGUCACCAUCUCCUGGAGUCAUCAAACAGCCAAAGGGUGUACGCUUACCAUGUACUCAAUACACUAUCGCCAGAUUAAACUACGAGGAUUAGAGGAGUCCUGGUACCAAGUCAAUGUCACCGAUAUUACGAAGACCAACCAAACUGUAUCGUUAGAGUACGACAAACAAUAUGCAAUCGAAAUGUCGGCGUGGAAUGAGCUGGGACAGAGUGAAAGGUCGAGGCCAUGGAUAAUAACAAUAUCAUUAGGUUCAGUUCAUUGGACUACUGAAAAACCAACAGUAAAGUCCUCAGUCUCAGGAAGUGGUAAACUCCUUUCAACGCCACAGCUUGCUGGUUUAUUAGUGGGUGUCUGUAUCCUUCUGUUCGUAGUUUUUAUCACAUUAAUCUACUUUGGAUGUGCAGCAAGAAAACGCAGAAAAUAUGCUUCAGCCCCAAAGCCCAGGAGAUCGAAGUCCAAUAUUUUUACCCUCCAUAACUGGGAAGUUCUACCGGAGCAGGUUGUAUUCGGGAAAGAGAUUGGUCGCGGGGCAUUUGGUAAAGUGUUAAAAGGCACUUUCAGAGAAUCACCUGGAAUUGAGGUGUUCAUCGAGCCCAGAAGUGAGACGGUCGACUUUAAACCGGAAGAAACAGUUGCAAUUAAACUCCUUGGAGGCAAGACAGGCGACGAAGCGCGAAACCAAUUCUUGGAGGAAAUUGAACUUAUGAAAUUAAUAGGUACACAUCCGAAUAUAGUUAGAAUGCUGGGAUGCUGUGUACACUCAGAUCCUAUCUUUCUCCUAUUGGAAUACGUUCCUUACGGGGAUUUGUUGCACUGGCUCAGAAACAAGAGAGUACAGAAAAGCUAUCAAAAGCAUUAUGAUAACUUCAGCAAGCCUUUGCUAGUUGCUGCAAAUGUGGUGCAGACUAGCGACGAAGAUGAGUCCAGAGCCUUGUUAUCAAGGAGUGAAGAAGAAAGUGACAAGGAUCUAAACACUAAAGGUACCGCCAAGGAGGUUUCAACCGCAGAUUCUCAAGGUGGCUUGAGCACUGAAAGUGCCUCAAAGGAAAAAGUACACGCUAUAGAUAAAGCACAGACUGACGAGAAAGACAAGCUGCAGAAUCACUACGAAAAGGAUCCCAUCCAAGCCUCUCAAACUCAGWGUCAUAAUGAUGUGGAACGGGAAGAAGACUUCACAGCCAAAGAUCUUCUUGGCUUUGUGUGGCAAGUAGCGCGUGGAAUGACAUUCUUAUCAAGUAAAGGAUUUGUUCAUCGUGAUUUGGCAGCUCGUAAUAUUCUUCUUGGUGAAAACAAAGUGGUGAAAAUUUCUGAUUUUGGACUCAUGAGGCAAACCCACGAAAACGUUUACACACUGAAGAAAGGGAAAAAGAUACCAGUAAAGUGGAUGGCUCCAGAAGCACUUCACAAAAGUGAAUAUACCACCAAAAGUGAUGUAUGGUCUUUUGGAAUUCUCCUCUGGGAACUUUCUACAAUGGGAGGAAACCCUUACCCAGGGGUCAAUAAUAAAGAGUUGUACAAUCUUCUCAAGACUGGAUAUCGAAUGGAAAAACCAGACACCUCUUCUGAUACAUUAUACCAGCUGAUGUUAGAUUGUUGGAAAGAGGAACCCAGUGAGAGACCGUCUUUUGAAAACUCCACGAGGUUAUUGGAGGAAAUGAUGCAAGAGGACACUCCUUAUUUGGAUUUUGAGUCACUUGAAGAGUCAAAGGAGUAUUACUGCAGUCCAGAAAAGCUUUCUGACGAUGAAGUCACCGCUUAAAUCUCGACUGAGCUCUAGAGGAGAAGAGAGACAACCUCAGCUGUAAAAAUCAGCAACAUUGCGUGCAAGUUGGAAACAGCAGAGGGUGUCAAUGAAACUGAUGCUUUAAAUUCGCCAAUUUUUUUUCGCCAAACGCCUUAUUUUUUUUUUUAUCCCGUGUUACGGCUAACGCUUAACCCGACUGAGACACUUGAAUAGUUGGCGUACUGACAAAACCGUUCGUGUUUUGAUUGACCACGAGUUUGAUCAGCGUUAUUCUCCAAGUAAACAACACUUCAGGCUACUGUCGGUCGUCUCAACAGUAGAAGCGGAAUCGUCUUUCCUAUUUCCAUUUGACAAUCACACCAUACUGUUCUGUAACAUGUUUUAUACCACAAUGAGUACGAGUUUAAUCUUCCAAAAAUUUUUAGCCACAAUCCGAGUGGAAAUGGUGUUGGCGUAGAUUUACAAACCUUAGUAAAUUGAGUGUACAUUGCGCGAACUGUCUCUCGAGAUACGUUUUAUUGCUUGCGUUAAAAUUCCUCAAUAUAAUGCUCUUAAAGGACAAUACCAUGGUAAUCAUUCCUAGCAGUAUACAGAUAAAGUGGUCCUGAGGUUAAAAGAAUAAAAUAAUCGUUAAUGAUAAUUCCGAUAUUUCCAUAAGGUCGUAGUAGUAGCAAGUAUGAUAAA